UUAGACCUGUCCCUCGUCUGUCGGCCUCCCAACUUUUUCUUCACCAUCAGACUCCAAGCGCUGCCCCGAACGCCGCCGCCGCCGCCGCACGGGAGCCGCGCGCCCCUUUCUCUCUCUGCCACGGGCGCCCGCCUCCCCCAAACCCUAGCUCUCCCUUUCCCCCGAUCCAGCCCCCAUGGCCGCGCUGCAGCCCGCCGCCCCCGCCCCCGCCCCCGCCCCCGAGGCGGCGCCCUCCGCGCAAGUGGUGGGCAACGCGUUCGUGCAGCAGUACUACCUCGUACUGCACCAGUCGCCGGAUCUGGUCUACCGCUUCUACCAGGACGCCAGCCGCGUCGCUCGCCCUUCCGCCGGCGGCGGCGCUGGCGGCAUGGACUCAGUCACCACCAUGGAGGCGAUCGGUGAGAAGAUCAUGGGGAUGGACGUGGUGAAGGCGGAGAUCAGGACCGUGGACUCGCAGGCGUCGCUCGGCGGCGGCUUCACGGUGCUCGUCACGGGCCACCUCACCGGCCGCGAUGGCGUGCGCCGCGAGUUCUCGCAGUCCUUUUUCCUCGCCCCGCAGGAGAAGGGCUACUUCGUGCUCAACGACAUGUUCCGCUUCGUCUCGGAUGGGCCUGCCCCUGCCGCCGUGGAGGUGCAGACGGAGGCGGAUGUGGUGGUCCCGCCUGUGGCAGCCCCGCUGGCCAACGGCACGGCUGCUCCAGCUGUCGAGACAGCCGUUUCUGAGCAUGAUGUUGCGCCGCAGCAGGAACAGCAUGUAGUAGAGCAUGCACCGUUGCAGCCGGAGGAGGAGGAGGAGGAGGAAGUUUACAACCCGCCACCAGAGGAAGCCAUGGAUGAGGAACAACCUGUUCCUGAGGUGAUAAAUGAAGUUCCAACCAAUGUGGCACCAGCGGUGGCGACUACAGUUGCCCCAGUGCCACAAGAGGAGGCGCCGAAGAAGUCAUAUGCCUCAAUUGUGAAAGUCAUGAAAGAAGUUCCAUUGGCAGCUCCUGCACCUCCUGCUAGGCCUACACCGCCCAAACCAGAGAAGCAGUCUCCUGCACCCACUCCCGUCACAGAUGCUCCACCUUUCAAUUCUAACCCUGAGAACAACAAUAUCCAAGAGCCAGAAGUUGAUGCACAUGCGAUAUAUGUGAGGAAUUUACCUUUAAAUGCCACUGAGACUGAACUGGAGGAUGAGUUCAAGAAGUUUGGCACCAUUAAGCAAAAUGGCAUUCAAGUCAGAAGCAAUAAGAUUCAAGGGUUCUGUUAUGGGUUUGUUGAAUUCGAGGAGGCUCCUGCUGUCCAGAGUGCUAUAGAGGCUUCUCCAGUAACGAUUGGUGGUCGUCAAUGUUACAUAGAGGAAAAGAGGACACCUGGUGCACGUGGCUCGAGCAGAGGCGGCAGAUUUGCACCAGGUAGGGGUAACAACUUCAGAAAUGAAGGGAUGAGAGGCCGUGGUAACUACAGUGGAGGAAGGGGCUACGGAAGGGGUGAGUUCAGUUACAGGUCCGAUUACGGGGGCAGAGGUGGUGGCAGAGGUGGCUUGGCGUUGGCGCGUGGAGCUGAUGUUGGCUACCAGAGGGUUGACCAUGCUGGAUACGCUGGUGGUCGUGGUGGUCGCACAUCAGCAGCGGCUGCUGCACCCGCAAAAUGAGGGGAAACGGAGGUGCGCGUCUCUAGGGGUGUUGUUCCGUGGCCCUCAGAUUGUCCCGAAGUUGACAGAGCGACGUCAACUGGUUGAGUGCUGGAUUAUCAGAAGCCUAGCUUCAAAUGGUGAGGGUUCUUGUUCUUGACCACUAUUUUUGCAGGCAACAAAAAGGGGAGAAGAUGAUUACUAAUUGUAGAAUACAUACCUUUUCACAUGUAGCCUAGUUUCGGCUGUCGAUUAGCUGGUGUGUCUUGUUAUCUUUACCCCGUUUUCUUGUUAAUCCGGAGUAUUGUUUAGGUUUUUGUUACUAGUAUUCAUUUGUUGUGUCCAUUUGAGUCUAUAGCUUUUUUUUUGCUUACUGUUAGAAUAAGAGACAAUCUAGAGUAGUUUAUCAGUAGCUAGGGUGAGAAUUUACUUUUUUCAAUGUGUCGAGGCCAAAGGAUAAUCUACUCCUUGAUGAAAUUGGUUAUCGUCUGAGUUGCUCGUUAUGUGGUGUUUUGUUCUGUAUUGA